AUGGAUACCAAUCGAUCACUUUCAACGCUAGCUUAUAUUUUAAUUUUUGUUAUUGGAAGUCAGUGUUAUAGACAAAGUGGUUUAGUUUAUCGUAACCUGUAUGGAUAUGUUGACGACAACACUACCGUGGCUGAUGCUUUGCAAAUACUAUCUCAAGGAUUCAAAUAUUUUUUUGAAGAAAAUCAUCGGUUUGUAGAGAGUCGAUUAAAAGAUACGAUACCAAGGCACAAUCAAAUAUAUGAUUACAUUGUCGUUGGAGCUGGCACUGCUGGAGCAACAGUGGCUAGUAGGCUCAGUGAAAUGAAAGAUGCGACUGUUCUUUUGAUCGAAGCCGGGCCAUAUGAAAACCUUUUAAUGGACAUACCUAUACUUGUGAAUCAUCUUCAAUUCAAUAAUCAGAUCAAUUGGGGAUACAAAACAGAAAAAUCAAGAUUUUACUGCCAAGGAAUGACGAAUCAUCAGUGCGUUUAUCCUAGAGGCAAGGUGAUGGGAGGAAGCAGUGUUCUUAACUUCAUGAUAGCGACUCGAGGUAAUCGUUUAGACUAUGACAAUUGGGCUGCAAUGGGAAAUGAAGGUUGGUCGUAUGACGAAGUAUUGAAAUAUUUCAAAAAACUCGAAAAUAUGGGUAUAAAGGACUUCAAGUACGAUAGAGAAAUGCACAAUAUGGGUGGUCCGGUUCACAUCGAAUAUCCACCCUAUCAUACACCGCUGGCCGAGAGUUUCCUCGAAGCAGGACUCGAAAUGGGAUAUCCUAUUAUAGAUUACAACGCUAAACAAGAUUUUGGAUAUUCUUACAUUCAAGCUACUAUUAAAAAUGGAACAAGAAUGAGUACUAAUAGAGCUUAUUUGAAUCCAGCGAAUCAUCGUAAAAAUUUACACGUUUCAGCAUUUAGCCACGUGAAUAAAGUUCUGAUCAAUCCGCACACUAAAAGAGCUUACGGUGUAGAGUUUUCAAAAUUGGGUCUGCUAUUUGAAGUCCAAGCAAGAAGAGAAAUUAUUUUGUGCGCUGGCGCAAUCGGUUCCGCUCAAAUUUUAAUGCUAUCGGGUGUCGGGCCAGCUCAGCAUUUGAAAGAAAUGAACAUACCGAUCAUCCAAGAUGCGCCUGUGGGCGAUAAUAUGAUGGAUCACAUUGCCUAUGGUGGUUUAGCAUUUUUGGUUGAUUAUCCUGUUAGUCUUAAUAUGAAAAAUCUAUUAGAUCCUGUUAAGCCAUACUUGAGAGAUUAUUUGACUAGAAGAUCAGGACCAUACACAAUACCUGGAGGUUGUGAAGCUUUAGCAUUCAUAGAUGUUGAUAAUACAAAAUCUGUCGUUUCUUUUCCUAACAUGGAAUUAUUAUUCAUCGGUGCUUCCGUUAUUUCUGAUCCAUCUUUUCACAAAAACGUUGGAAUAUCGCAAGAAUACUGGGAUAAAAUGUUUGCUCGAGUUGCUGGUCACGACUCCUGGUCUAUUUUUCCUAUUCUAAUGAGACCCAAAAGUAGAGGUAGGAUUUUGCUUCGUAAUCGAGAUCCAAGGUCUAAGCCACGAAUUUAUGCUAAUUAUUUGAGUGACUCAGAAGAUGUUAGAAUUCUGAUCGAAGGCAUUAGAGCCGCCAUCGAAAUUAGCAAAACGAAGGCUAUGCGUAGAUUUAAUUCGCAGUUUUAUGAUUUUCUGGUACCGGGAUGUGAAGAUUAUGAAUAUGAUUCCAACCAAUAUUGGGAAUGUUGUUUAAGAACUUUCACAUUCAAUAUUUAUCAUUAUUCAGGAACUUGUAAAAUGGCUCCCGAAGAUGAUCCAAGCGGGGUCGUGAAUCCUAGAUUACAUGUCAAAGGCAUUCAAGGAUUACGUGUUGCAGAUGCUUCGAUAAUGCCAAUGAUAAUAACAGGGCAUCCAAACGUACCAGUGAUAAUGAUAGGAGAAAAAUUAGCUGAUAUGGUAAAACAAGACUGGGGUUAUGAUAUAGAUGAAUGA